UUGCAGCAAGCAAGUAGCAAUGGAGAAGGCCAACUGCAGGGUAUGUGUUACAGGAGCCACUGGUUUCAUUGGCUCUUCGCUGACCAAGAAGCUACUGGAGAAAGGAUAUACCGUCCAUGCCACGCUCCGAAAUUUGGGUGAUGUUUCAAAGGUUGAACUCCUCAAGAGCUUGCCUCAUGCAGACACAAAAUUAGUUUUGUUCGAAGCUGAUAUAUACAAGCCAAAUGAGUUUGAGCAGGCUAUUCAUGGCUGUUCGUUUGUUUUCCAUGUUGCAACUCCCCUGCAACACUCUGAUGAUUCUCAGUUUAAAAACAUGACAGAGGCUGCAGUUUCUGCAACAAAAAGUAUUGCAGAGUGUUGUAUAAAAUCAGGCACCGUCAAAAGAUUAAUCUACACUUCCUCUGUUAAUGCUGCAUCGCCAUUGAAAGACGACGGGAAUGGUUACAAAGACACCAUGGAUGAAACUUGUUGGACCCCCCUUGAUCUUUCACUUGCUUACUCGAAUGAGUUCCUUAAGGAGUACACUGUAUCGAAGACAUUGGCUGAAAAAGAACUUUUGAACAGUGAAAAAUAUGGUGAAUUGGAGGUGGUAACACUAGCUUGUGGCAUUGUUGGAGGAGACACAGUUUUAUCUUAUACACCUACAAGUGUUGCUGUUUUCCUUUCACAGCUUACAAAUAACACGUUCACAGACCAGUUUCUGAAAUACACAGAAGAAAUACAGGGGAAACUUCCAAUUGUACACAUCAAUGAUGUUUGCGAAGCUCAUAUUUUCUGCAUGGAGAAUCCUUCCAUGAGCGGCAGAUUCUUAAUUGCAAACUCUUUUAUUUCGGCAGCAGAACUUGCCCGUUGCUUUCAACUGCAUUACCCUGAGUUUAAUGUUAAAGCAGAGAAAUUUGAUGGACCAAGAAGAGGUAUCAAGUGGGGCUCCACCAAGCUUAUUGAAAAGGGAUUUGAAUAUAAAUCUGAUUUAAAGAUGAUAAUAGAUGACUCUAUCAAGUGUGCAAGGAGGACUGGUGAACUUCAGCAGUAA